AUGGCUGUCGCUGCGGCUUCCCGUCCUGCGCCCCAUGGACAGCGCUCGCCAACCCUGAGCGAUGCGGGCAUGAUCCUCCCCUCGUUCGAGGCCGACUUUGAGCGCGCAGCCUCUCCGCCCGUUGCUGAGCGCCCGCCCUCGCCGUCCGACCUCUAUAGGCACGCAAACUCCAGCCGAGUCAGAUUAAGUUCCGCACCGCAGGGCCGGCGCCGCGCCUCGCAACAGACGAAAUCCCCGUCCCUAUCAGCACAGUCCUCGCGCUCCACGCUGCGCAACAUGCCCGACUCAGACGCGCCUACUAAGAGUGUGCCUGCCCGUGACGAUGCCCUCGCUUCGUCGCCCACCAUCCAGAAUGCCCUGAGCCGCCAUUCACCCAGCACGUGGCACGGGCAAGAUCAGCACAAGAUCAGCCCUACUUCCAGCUCCGUGUUCAGCGAAGACUUCGAGCACUGGCCGGGGUUUGACAGCCACGACAACUUUGAGGACAGCGGCGUGGAUCUCGAAGAGCAGGAAAAGCGCAACCACACCCGUGACAGCGACGCCGGCAACGGCAUGGGCAGCGAGCGGUGGCACGAGGACCGCACCAGUGGCAGUGACGACGAAGACGACCCGUACUCGUCGGCUGCACUGAGUAGGAGGGCCGAGAUAAUCCUGGCCAAUGCGAAGAAGCGGCUGAACGUUAUGGAAGGCAACCUCCGUGGUGCACGAGAGUCACUGGUCGUCUCACCCACGUUCCACUCGAGAAACACAUCUUCCGACUUGACCUCGCAUAUAGCGGCCAGUCGCGACCGAGACCGACGACUGUAUGCUGGCAUGGGCCCGAUUCCUCCGCGCAUCAACUCUUAUCGCCAGUCGCUCCUCACCCCGAACGGUAGCCCCAGCCAUGCACGUGGGCUGAGCGAGACAUCAGUGCCACUCCCUUUCACGCCUUCCUACUCGUACCUGACCCGGACUACAUCCAACAAGCGCGCAUCGAGUGCAUUCGGCCAUACCAGCGGUCCAUGGUCGCCCGAGAGCUACGGCCAGGGGCGAUUCCCCAUCAAAGAGUCCCGAAGUGUGGAACACCUCCGCAACCCUCGCUCAACCUGGAACAGUAGCGAACGCGAGUAUGCUGCAAGAUCCGCCUCGAGGAGCUCACGAUCCCCAACUGCUCUGGAGACUCUGCCGGAGGAUGAGGACGGACAGAGGGUGCAUCGCUCCACAUCUGCAGCCAGUGGUCUCCGCGACCAGAUGAACGAUCUCAAGGGUAGAAUCUCUAGUCUGAAGCUCAAGGCGCAAGAAGACCACCUCCGACGCAGAAGCAUACAGAGCCUACGCGCACCGAGCCCCUUUACGUCUUCUGACACAUGGCAUCCAAGAAGCACAUCGACAAACGCUGGUUUGGGCAUCACGACAGACCCGUACGAAGAACAGGAGCGACCCUUGACCGCCACUACCACCAACUCCCAGAAGCACGGCGAGAAGCUAGUGACGCACUUCAGCAAACUAAAUGGGACCAACGGACACGCGUACUCUGUCCAACCAUACGACCAGGCUGAGGCUGAGUCAAACAAUCCGGAAGCAUACGAAGACGAAGAUGCGGACGCGACAGAGGAGUCAGACUUCGUCUCGGUCAAUGGAGAUGACGUCCCCGAUCCGGAGAGUGUAUACGAGGACGCCGUCUAUGAAAUGCCUACCAUGGAGCGACACGAGGACCGUGUAGAUGCGUUCGACUACGAGACCUUCUUCUUGCACAGUGCAAUGGGCACCUACAGUGUAGAAGAUCGCCGAUCGAGUACUAGUUCGGGCUCCUCUGCCGCAACUACGCGGCCCGUGACAGCUGUCCAGACAACGGAUGAACUCGGCAUUGGCGAGAAGAGAGCGUCAUUCCACCAGCGGAAUCCCAGCGUUGACUCAGUCUCCACUGUAGCCACGUUUGCGACUGCAGCUGAAGAACAGAACGACGACGAAGAGGAAGAGAACGAGCAGAUGGAUCAGUUCUCUCAGCAGAUACUGUCCAACCAGAACCGAUCUGUCUCGCGCCCAGGGACACAGAACGGCCUCCUCUCCCUGCGUUCUGAUUCAGCAAUCAACAUGCGACGCGCCAAUGGCUCUUCUCCGUCGCAGAGGUCACUAUCACGUGGCUCGUCCUCGCCUGGAGAGCUUGCCAGCGGACUCCAAACCUCGAGGAUCUACUCCAUCCUCACAGAAGGCUCUAGAGACGAGCCACGGGUCGCACUCAGCGAGGAAGAGACGCAGCUCAUCUACGGCCUUGCUGCGAGUAUCCAGAAUGUGUGCUCCAAUUUACAGCACACCUACGGCGAUGCCUACGAACGCAAGGCAUGGCGACGAAGACUUGACGAAGCCCGCAAAAUACUUAAUGGCGAGGGCGAGGAUGGUGCAGAUGACCAAUCCUUCUAA